UCGCUUGUUUUCCGGAUGUCAACACCGUGUGUAAACACCCAUUCAGUCCAGCGCGGAACACACAACCGGAGGCAAGUGUGCCCUCUCGGCGAUAUUUCAGGAUCAUUUCAGGAAUUAUCAAUUUCCCUAAAACGUAAAUAUUAACCCCACGGUAGAGUGUAACUUGGCGGUGAAGCGACUGGAGAAAAAAACACCUCUCAAUUUGGUGGCAAAGACGACGGACGGGACUGGAGGUAUUCUGCUGAUUUGGAACAGGCAGGUCCGACGACCAUGGCAGCGGCGACCGUCGUGGAGGCCGAGAAGCCGGCGGCGAGUGAAGGUGCCACCGCCGGCUUCUCUGGCGUCCACGAGCCGGCCUGGGACGACUCUCAGCUGCGGAGGUAUACGUUUUCCACCAAGCCCAUCCCCAGGCUGUCGCACACCGACCCCAGAGCUGAGAUGCUCAUCAACAACGAGGAGCCGGUGGUUUUAACAGACACGAACCUCGUCUAUCCUGCUCUCAAGUGGGACGUCGCGUACCUCCAAGAAAACAUCGGCAACGGCGACUUCUCCGUCUACAUCGCAGAAAACCACAAGUUCCUCUACUACGACGAGAAGAAAAUGGCCAACGUGGAGAACUUUGUCCCCAAGUCCCGACGACUUGAGAUGAAAUUCUCCGAGUUUGUGGAGAGGAUGCAGCAAGUGCAGCAAACGGGAGGGGAAGAGCGGGUGUACUUGCAGCAGACGCUCAACGACACGGUCGGAAAGAAGAUCGUGGUGGACUUUCUGGGUUUCAACUGGAACUGGAUCAACAAGCAGCAGGCCAAAAGGAACUGGGGCCAGCUGACAUCCAACCUCCUGCUCAUAGGCAUGGAGGGCAACGUGACGCCGGCGCAUUACGACGAGCAGCAGAACUUCUUUGCACAAAUCAAAGGCCACAAGAGAUGCAUCCUCUUCCCUCCAGACCAGUUUGAGUGUCUGUAUCCUUACCCUGUCCAUCAUCCCUGCGAUAGACAAAGUCAAGUGAAUUUUGACAACCCCGACUAUAAUAGGUUCCCAAAUUUUAAAAAUGUUGUCGGCUAUGAAGCGGUCGUGGGCCCGGGAGACGUGCUCUACAUCCCCAUGUAUUGGUGGCAUCACAUCGAGUCCCUGCUGAGCGGUGGCGUGACAAUCACAGUCAACUUCUGGUACAAAGGUGCGCCCACGCCCAAGAGGAUAGAAUACCCACUGCGAGCCCACCAGAAGGUGGCCAUCAUGAGAAACAUCGAGAAGAUGCUGGGAGAAGCGCUCGGCGACCCUCGACAAGUGGGACCUUUGCUCAACACCAUGAUCACGGGUCGAUACGAAGAUCCCCAAGAGGAGGACGACCAUUGAAAUUUUCGCCGUCUUGACUUUUGGACUUUUUGUCGCUGUGCAUGGCAAUAAGCGGCUAUCUUGAAACCAUCGUGCUUCUCAGCGUGCCAUCGUCUUUGCCCAUCUCAUGGGAGUUGACCGUACUUGAACAAGAUUUUUUUUUCAUUUGUAUGUGUGUGUGUGUGUGUGUGUGUGUUUUGUUUGAUCUCGUUUAGUUAUUUAUGUCAGUCAGAGUUCUCAGAAUAUCUAAUUUAAAAAUAACUAAAUAGGCGACUAGGGUGUGCGGCGGAUCGUAGCUUUUGGAGCAAUCUCAGUGACAAACUACUAGUGAAGGAGUAGACAGCUUUUUUUUUUUCUUUUCCAUUUUACGGCACGGACACAAAUCGUAAGGUAUGAAGUUGACCUGACAAUUUUCCUUUCAGUUUUUGCAGUCCAACUAGUAUUUUCGUACCACGCAUUGAAUCAUCCGGUAUGGUGAUACCUGUGGCUGCUUGACAGGGGCUAAUAAGUCCUUGAGUUAAAACUCACUUCCAGUCCACGGUAAGUGCGUCUCUCUGGUGUCGCGAGCUCACUUCGCUUCGCUAAAAUAUCAAUCUACUAUGCCUUUCAGUGACUCUUCCAGUAUCUUCGUUGCAACCUGCCGAUGACACUCAGUAAAUCUCUGAGCUCAGCGGUCAUGCUUAAUGUCAGGAGUUAAAAAAAAAAAAUGUGACGAUACAUGUUAUGGAGUGUCUGUGGGAUAAAAAUGUUUUGUAACAGUUCCUUCUCAUUUGUUUUUAGAAUUGCGUGAGCGGAUCAAAUCCUCCACUCCUGUCUUGGCUACGGAAAUUUAGUCGGAAAUCGAAAAAAAAAGUAAGCAUUUUGUAUUUUCGUAACUGGUUCAUGUUCCUCCAUUUAGCUGCUGUCCCUUUUCACCUCACCUUAUAAGAUCGUAAAAUGUCCACCAGUCAGGAGGUUAAGCACAGUUGCCUUCUCCUUGUUUACGAUUUUUUAUUUUUUUUUACGUUGUCAUCGCUCAUGGAAGAUGAAAAAGGCGAAUUUUGAAAAAGGACAGAAUACAAAGAACUCAUCAGUUUUGAAAUGUCGAGAGUAAAAGUUAAAAGUUGUCCAAAAAAUCGACUGAAGGACAGUCAAGUCGCUGUGUUACAGCUCAACCGCUGUUGACAUGAAACAGAAAGACAUUUUUCAUUUUAAGAUGCCACAUUUAACAGAUUUCAUAAAGUCGCAUAUUUUUGACAAAAUUCUGGAAUCUUUCAGUGUUUUUUAAUCACUUUAGGCUCAUAAAUUGAGAAGAUGUAAACAUUCGUAUCACAUAUCUAAAAGUCAUUAAAAAAGUCUGUAAACGCUUUCGUACAUUUAAUGGGACAGCCUCUUGCUUGUUUCAUACAAAAUUUUAUUACUUUUUUUUUCCAGGAUGAAAGGUUGGAAAAAUAUCAUUGUUUUUCCACUGAGAGAUUAAAAAAAAAUAGUCACAAAAAAGCUGCAAACACAUUUAAUUGGACAGAGAGUUGUGCUAGUUUUAUACUAAUUGUGAUUUUUGUUUGAGGUGUGUUUGGAGCAAAUGAAUUCACGUGAGCUACAUUGUUUCAACCCCUAAAAAAAAAAAAAAAAAAAAAAAUUGCAGCUUUGUGGGAGCGAAGGCUAGCGUGCUAAUAAAUCAAAGUACAGUAAUUAUCUGAGGAUUAAUAUAGUGGGAUUAAAAAAAAAAAAAGGGAGUACCUCAUAUAUCAUGGAGCCAAACUUUAGCCGAAGGAUUACUUGUGUUAUUUAUGUUAUAAUCAUUUUUGAUUUAUACUUCAAGGACUAUAGGAGUAGGAUUAGCAAGGAUGCCGUUUUUCUUUUAAAGAAAGAAUAGAUUCAAUAUUGCAGCUGCGGAUUGUAUACGUUUAGCAACAUUCAAGUGAAGUCUUCCCUGGGAAGGACAUUUCCACUAAGGCUCAUUUUUAAGGCUUAGACUGCACCCAUGAUCAGGUUUAAAGCUACUUCUUAAGUUUUAUGACCGUUUGUGUGAUUACAAAUAUUCAAUAGGCUGCAUAGACUGCUAUCGGAUUGGACUGAGUGUCAUUCUGCUGUUUUAUUUAUUUUUUGUGUGCGUUGUUUUUUUUUUUUUUUUUUUUUGAAACACUGUGCGUCAUCGUACUUCUGCAGAGCCAUACAUUGAAGACACGUUCAAGUUUAUUCUCUUGUAUAUGUGCCAAACACCUCAGAAACCAGUCAAAGCCGAUCUGGUUUUACUCUUUUGAAGCACACAUUUAUCAAAAGUAGAAUUGCAAAAUGUGUGGAAUCAUUUCCGGUAAAAUUUCUAGAAUGUUUCUGGUGAAUGACCACGGAAGGUUAAGGUGGUUGAGUUUGAAAAUACAAGCGGUGCCUUGGGAAUCACCUGUAUCACAAAUCAUAUUCUCCAAUUGAAAU